AUGAAUUUGUUCAUGGAAAUACUAAAAUAAUGUUGUCUUUUCUUCGACGAAAUAAUUUCCAUUGCAAUACAUUAACACAGAAGCGUGUAUAUUCUUCAUAUUCUUCUUUACUACGAUUUCGGUAUUAUUCUUCAGUUUCUCAAGAUACUGUCUCACCGUCGACUGCAAUUGUUCCUCCUGAGAUUCCGUCCUUUCAACAAGCUUUUAACAUCGAUAAGCCCCUAGUGAUCCUUCCACAGCCUACUCAACUUAAAGAUGACGGGAAAAUUCUUCCUCAUGUUUUUUCGGAGAAUCUUGCUGUGUUAUAUGCAUGUCUAAAAUUGGGUCAGAUCGAACGUGCCAAACGAAUUUGCGAGUAUUUAGAAAAUAAAGGCCCUAUGGAUAUGAAACAUCUCCUAGACGUCAAUUUGCACAACGCAUUUAUCGAAGCUUUUCUGGAUGCACCUGUUCCGGAACUUAAUUUAGCAUUCGCUUGGUUAGAUAGGAUGUGUGAUAAAUGCCACGUAAAUCCUAAUCUGAUGACAUUUGCCAUCUUGGUGAAAGGAUAUUUGAGAAAGAGCAAGGAUUUUCAAUGUACAACGAUGCUUCAAGUUAUUGUUUUCGAAAUGGAAGAUAAAGGUUUUCGAUUUGAACAAUUAAUUGAAAGCAAUUUAUUAUCUGAUGAUGACACCCAAAAAUUACUCGAGUUGUUAAAUUCUGAUAAAGAAUCCAGUCUUUCAAAGCGACUUUUAAAACAGCUUGAAGAUGAAACAACAACCCCUUUGACUAAAGAACCCAUUUCAACAAAGGCAUUUGGUGUUAAGCUUAUGAAAAGUUCUCUUGAAGCUGUAAAAGAGAAAGGGCCGGAUCAAUAUAAUCGUCAAACUAAGUUGGAGGAAAAUGCUUUACAUGGUGCUAUUGAGCGUUGGAAACAUGAUUAUGAACAAAUGCGUAAACGUGGUGAUACUUUUGCUGGAAUCCCUUCAUUGCGGAAGGCCAUGUGGGCUUGGCAUAAAAAACUUGUCCCUUUGAUCGAAAUGGAAUUGAAAAAAAGCAUAGAAAAGAACAUUGAUGAAGGUAGUGAAUGCAUUGAUUCACAAACUGGAACAUUCUUGCGAUUGUUAAGUCCGGAUAAAUUAUCUGCCAUUACGAUAUUGGAAAUGCUGCGUCAAACUAGUGAUAGUGAAGUUAUAGAAGGAAUGACGACAACCGCUGCUAUUAUGGCUAUUGGUAAAUCUGUGGAAAGUGAAUACAACGCAGAACAAUUGAAAAAGAAGCAGAAUCGUAAAUUG